UGUUUUGCUCACUGAUGAACCAAAGAAGGCUAAACUCAGAGUCCAAUUUCCAUUCUGACCAUGUCAUCCACAGGUCUUCUCGUGGUAUCCAAUAUCAAGCAGUUGAGCAAAUCCUUGCGAAGCAUUGAGAAAUAUGUAAACUCCCUUUACAUCCACCUGAACGUGAAUCAAGAAUCCCCGUCAUCGCCAGUGGUACCACCACCGGCCUGGGGACGUCUAAUCUCCCAGCUCUAUGCGGAUAGCAGCGGCUAUGUGGGCACCAAGAUUGACCUCCGAGUGCUGAUAUCACCCCUGAAGCAUAAAGAUGUGAACACCUUGCGAUUACGCAAGAAUGUAGAUCUAAUAUUCUCCGAUGCUCAUCAGCCGGAGUUGUGUGAGAGAUUGCGCAGUGUGCUGAACAUAAGCAAACCUACAAUAUUCCUAGACGAGGAGGUAUCCAAGGGAGUGAGCCUACUAGCUGUCGAGGAUCAGCAGCAGCAAAAGGAGGAGAAGGUGUAUCCUUCAGUGGUUUUGGGUGGAACCUUUGAUCGCAUUCAUUUGGGUCAUAAGAUAUUUCUCACUCAGGCUGUGCUACGCUCCCACAAACGUCUUGUUGUGGGCGUGACUACAGCAGCGAUGACCAAAUCCAAAAUCUUGCCCGAUUUGAUUUUGCCCGUUGAGGAGCGCAUUGAACAACUGCGCGACUUUCUGCUGGAUAUUGAUGAUACACUUCAUUAUGAUAUAGUGCCCAUUGACGAUCCUUUUGGUCCCACACAAUAUGAUCCCGACUUGGAUAUGAUUGUGGUCAGUGCCGAGACUCUGAGGGGCGGCCAGAAGGUCAAUGAGAUACGCAAAAGCAAACAACUUAAUGAAUUGGAUAUAUUUGUCAUUGAUAUUGUGGAGAGCAACAAUCUCGAUGGCAUCCACGAGACGAAAGUUAGCUCCAGCAACACUAGAAUAGAUCUAUUGGGCACAAGAUGGCGUAAGCCCGAAGCCAAGCCCCAAUUGCCAGAUUAUCCCUAUAUAAUAGGUCUGACUGGCGGCAUAGCCUCUGGCAAGAGUAAAAUGGCCCAGAGAUUGGGUGAGUUUGGUGCCCAUGUCAUCGAUUGCGAUAAGGUGGCCCAUGAUGUCUACGAGCCGGGUCAAGUGUGCCAUGAGAAGAUUGUCAAGCAUUUCGGUGACCAAAUCCUUGCCAGCGAUGGCUCCCAACGCAUUGAUCGCUCCAAAUUGGGUCCACUGGUCUUUGCUAAUGCCCAUGAACUUCAGAUUCUGAAUGGCAUUGUUUGGCCCGAACUGAUGAAUGAGGUCAAUAGACGGUUAAAUGUAUUACGUUCAUCUGACCAAGUACCACGAGUUGUUGUCCUUGAGGCUGCUGUACUCCUGCGUGCCGGGUGGGAAUCAAAUUGCCAUGAAGUUUGGUCCAUGAUUGUGCCCCCAGAGGAAGCUGUACGCAGAAUUAUCGAACGCAAUGGCCUGAGUGAGGAGGAAGCCCGUAAGCGUCUGGCUAGUCAGGUGCCAAAUCCUGAAAUCGUUGCCAAAUCCCAUGUCCUCUUCAGUUCACAAUGGGAUUAUGAUUUCACACAAAAACAAGCGGAGAGAGCAUGGCAAAUCCUUUGCCGGGAAUUGGAGCAGCGUCCAAGAACGAGUAGCUUAUGACUAGAUUCCAUACAUUAGCCAUGCCGUUCCAUAUCCUUUUGUCCAAAAGGCGCUGUUGGUGUUGGUUAAAUUUGUAUAUUUUCGUAAAUUGUAUAUUCCAUUUGCCUUUUAUAUUCGUUUCUUUUGUUAAAUUGUUAGUAUGAAAUGAGUGUAUAUAUAUAAAUAAUAAAGGAUUUUAUACCUAAA